GUAAUUAACCAAAGCCAUUUACAUUAGCUAUACAAAACGUAUCUGGUUUAGCAGCAAGAGAUUAAAACAAGUCAAGUAUGUUCGUUUAACAAUGUAAUUAAAAUCUCAGAUACUAGUAGAUUAAUCGACUCCAACCAACGUCUCUCUUUCUAUUGUGCACCUGUGGGACUGUCGGGGGAACUGCGGUAGGCAACAUCAUAAACGAGGCGGAGAUGGAAGGCGGAAGUUCGUUCAGCAGAAAGUCGUGGGCGUCGCAGUCUUUACGGGUCACCGCCAGGGAGCUCUCAUUGGUCAGCACGCGAGGCAAGACCAACGCUAUUGCAGAGCGCUUCUCCAAGUACCAGAGAGCUGCUGAGGAGGCCAAUGCUGAGAAGAAGAAAGCAUCGGUGGAGAGCCUGCCUCCCACUCUGCGUUCAGGGAACCUGAGUGUUCUGAAGAAGCGCUGGGAGCAGCCAGCACCUCGCCAAGACAAACCCUCCCUGCUACCAGCCGGCCCACCCCGCGCCCGCCUUAUCCCCCCAGCUGUGCCCAAACCAGUGCCACCGACUGAGCACCGCCCCCCAGCCAAAUCCCCAGGAUCCCCGGGCACUCAGGGUAGUCAAGACAGUAUCCAGUAUCCUUCAGCAGCUAUAGCCAAGGAAGGAGCGGAGAGAAGGAUGGAGAGAAAAGAUCAGCGGCCAAGUGGGGGAGAGGAGGAGGAAGGGCUGAUGCAGGUGGAAGAUAAGGUGGCGCCACCCAGCCCCUGCAGCCCCGUUGAGAAACCCAGCGUGCCUCUCAACAGCCUGAAGAUGAUGUUUGAGAAGGGAGAGGGCGCCAAGAGAAGGGUGAGCACGGGACUACACAGCAGCUCCUCCGAGGACAUGGACCAGAGAAUAGGAGUGUUAUCCCCUGACCGAGUUCUGGAGACCACCUCCCUGAAGGAAAGAAUGGCCAAGUACCAGUCAGCCGUUACCAAAAAGGGCCCACUAGCACGCACUGCCAGUCAGUCAGAGGGAGAGGACGGCAGCCUCAAGGAGAAUGUGCCCCCUAGUGGUGUGGCUGUGGUCAGUACCUACGCGCGUGUCUGUGUGCGUGCUUGUGGCGCGUCUGAGAAAUUUGGUGUUGAGAGCCAGGCUUUAGAGUCCUACAGCAGAAAAGUUGCUGUAGAAGAGACCAAUGGUGAUGGCAUGGACACACCUACCUCUAAGGAUAGUACCUCUUCUCCAUCCUCAGCCCACAGUGACCCGCCCAAGGCAGCCAGGAAGUUCUGCCUGCCCGUGAGGGAGACGUGCAUUGCAUGCCUGAAGACGGUGUACCCAUUGGAGAGGCUGGUGGCUAACACCCAGAUCUUCCACACCUCCUGCUUCCGCUGUCUGCACUGCAACACCAAGCUCAGUCUGGGAAACUACGCCUCUCUGCACGGCAAUGUCUACUGCAAGCCCCACUUCAGCCAGCUGUUCAAGGCCAAAGGCAACUACGACGAAGGCUUCGGCCACCGGCCCCACAAGGAACUGUGGACACCCCGUGCUGAGGGAGAGGAGGAGGAGGAAGAGGGAGUAGACCGGGAGGUGGAGAAGAAGCCAAAGGAGCAGGCCGAAAGAGUGGCGGUGGUGUCCCGUCCAGCCUCGUCAGACAAGCAGCCCAGCCCCACAGUGGAGGAGUCUCCCCUGGCCAAGGUGACAGACCUGACUGCCUCUCUGGAGACACGCAGCCACACCACCUCCACUGAGAAACUCUCCAGCGCCGAGAAAGUCCCAGAGGCCCGCAAGCUGAGGGUUGCCUGGCCCCCUCCUGCUGACAGCGAUGCUGGUACCUCUCAAAUUCUGGAGGCUGGUAGUGGUGUGAGCCGGCCCUGGAGAGCCAAGUGGCCCCCAGAGGGCGAGGUGUCAUCGUCCACCCUGAGCCACGACAGGUCCGAGCUGAAGAGCCUGAGGAGGAGCUCGUCUCUGAAGGAGCGAAGUCGGCCUUUCUCGGUGGCCCCCAGCCUCACCACCAAUGCCCUCGGGCCACGAGAGCCCCGCCGGCCCCUCAAAUCCCUGCUGGAUAGGAGGGGGUCACUGGAAGACAGCCACUCCAUGCCUAAGGAACCAGAACCCAAACCCCAGAGGGAGAGGGAGGUAAGGCAGGAGGACAAAAAGGAGUGCAAGCCCGCCCCGCCCAGCGGCAGUGUGGUGAAUGGAGAGACCAGCUCCGAGGAGGAGGUAGAGAGUCUGCCGGCGGCACAGGAGGAGAGAGAAGAGCCGAUGGAGAGAGGAAAGGAAAUAGAAGGGGCUUCUCUGAAAUGCCAAAGUGCCUCUCCGGAUAUCCCAGCAUCUCCCUCUCCGUCCCCGCAGCCCAAACACAACCGCAGCUCCCAGGACGUGGGCUUCUGGGAGGGCGAGGAGGAGGGGGGCGAGGGGGAGCAGCUCACCGUAGAGGAGAUGAUCAAGAGGAACCGCUACUAUGAGGAAGAGGAGGAAGAUGAUGUCUGAACAGACACUCCACUCUGAAUCUGGCUGGAUUUAGACUGGAUACACACCAACACAUUCUGUCCCCAGUACUCCCCGUCCACCAUAUAUAACCCAGGGAGUUUUUAAAAGUGCAGGGAUAAAACCAUGGGGACCCACUUGUUGAAUUUCUCUCUGCUUGGGUGCAAUCUGUGACCAUUUUGAUUUGUUUGUGUCAUUCACAAUAGGAAAGUUAGCAAUAAAUCAGUCUUACUACACUACAUAAAACCAAAAACCAAGCCUGAUUCUUUUGUUUUCUGAGGGAGCCUGAUAGAAGGGAGCGGUAGAUUGUAGCCAUUUUUUUUUACACUGGUUCAGGCUGGUCUGUCUUUUUUAAAACUGGAAGUAAGUACAGUUACGAUAUAUGACAUCUUUUAUAUAAUCUAGGAAAGGUUACAUCGGCCAUAUCAUUCUCUAAACUGGAAAUUAUCUUUUGUCAACAUUUUAUUUCUUUUGUUGAUGAAGAAAGACUAAGGACUUUUGACAGAAAAGCCUGUCAAAUAAAUAUACAUGUUUGUAUUUGCAAAUCAGAUGCUUAUAUAGCCUUUGCUUCACAGGUACUUAAGUGGACUAGUCCAUACCACUGCCAGAUGGAUAAUAGGAGAAGAGACGUUCUAAAAUGAUCACAAGCAGUCGCUUCAUCUCUUUGAUAAUACUUGAGAAUCAAAAAAGUCUUGUGAUAGAAUGUGGUAAAUUGAUCCUGGCCGAGUAAACCAACAGUGUACUUUGGGUCCUUUACCUUCCUAGAUUUAUUGUUUUUAGUUGUCCUUUGACACAGUGCAUGUUUUGAAUGGUUUUAAAAGCAUCCUAUUUUAUAAUGAAUUUUGAAAAUUGGAUAAAUGCACAAUUGUUAAACUUACCCUUAUGUUUUAUACCUUACUUUAAGGAGGACCAAACCUUUUUCGUAUCUUGGAAUUUUAAAUCAAAGUAUGUUUGAAAUAAAUAAAAUGGUCUAUCAUUGAUA